AGUGAUGCACGGUCCACAGCAUCGAGACGAGGGGAAGUGCAAACAACAGCGAAGUUCACUGAAACACAAGUCUGAAAAACAGAGACGAUCCACUUUCUCGUGAAAAGGUCUGAACAGAGGCGUUACAGAAUGGCUCAACGCUGCCUCAAGUGUUUAAAGUACACCAUGUGUCUUGCCAACUUCCUUUGUUUUGUGUGUGGUGUGGCUGUGCUGUGUUUCGGCGUGUACAUGAUGGUGUACAUGAGCGUGCUCACGCCGACCUUGGCCAAAUACAACUUAGCCAACUUGCUGGUGAUCAGCGGCAUCGUCAUCACCUGUUUGUCCUUCCUGGGAUUCCUGGGUGCUCUGAAGGAGAACCGCUGUCUCCUGCUGACGUUUUUCCUGGUGCUGUUCCUGCUGAUGCUGGUGGAGCUGACUGUAGCGUGCUUGCUCCUGAUGUUUGAGAAAGAGCUUGGCACCUGGGUGGAAGAAGACCUUAAGAAAGGCCUGAAGGAGGAAAAAGGAAAGAUGAUAAAUUCAACCGAUGGGAUGAGCGUGUGGGAUCUACUUCACAAUAAUUUUGAUUGCUGUGGAGUAAAGAACGUGACUGAUUGGGGAGACAGUGUGCCGUCAUCUUGCUGCAAGGACAAGUGUGACAUCCCAAGGCCUCCGUACAAGGAAGGCUGUCUGGCAAAGAUGAAGACUUUCUUUGAGGAUAAUUUCCUAACUACUGGGAUUUCUGUCAUCGUGCUCUGUGUUGUUGAGGUCUUGGGGAUGUGUUUCGCCAUGACGCUGUUCUGCCACAUCAGUAGAUCUGGACUGGGCUACAAGUUAUAAAUCUGAAUUCUCCGUCUCGACAUCUGUUCUAACUCGUGUUUCAGAGUUCACCUUGUACAUUUCCCUGCUGUACAGAAUCCUGUGUGUAAGACUGGAAAAGGCUUUGUUUCUGAAUGAGCCGAUUGAAUAUCCAAAGAUGAUUUCUCUGUGUACAUGUUGAGUUAGAGUUAACUUCUUUUUAUGUGAUGACCUCAUAUUUAGAAAUAAAUGUAAAUGUUCCAGAACACCAUUUCGUGCUUUUCAAGGGUUGAAUAUAAACACGACACCUUUGAGGUCUGUGCAGUGAGAAAUGAAAGCAGUUUUAAAAUUCAACAUGUUAUGAAAUUAAUAAUCAUAUAAAAGUGAUUUUAAAUCUCAAAGUUGUUUUUUAAUUGGGGCCCCGAUGGCCUAGCGGUCAUGACGUAUGUAUAAUGUAUAGGUAUGUGUUGCCAUGUAAGGAGGCUCUAGUCCUCAGCGCAGCAGCCGUGGGUUAGAAUCCGACCUCGGCCCUUUGCAUUUCCUCUCUUUUAAGCUGUCCUGUCCAAUAAAGGCAAAAAGGCCCAAAAGUAUCUUUUUUUAAUAAAAAGUUGUUUUUAAUUUAAGGCAAAUCUGUACAAAUUACAUAACAGCAAAAUAAAAAAAUGUUGAUGCAUGACAUUUAAUACCCUUA